CUCUGGACAAAGUGGGGAGUUUGUUUAGUUAGAGAAGUUGGAGAAUAUCCGAGAGAAGCUGGCAGUGUUUUCCAAAAGUUGUUUUCACUCUUCACAAAAAUGAAUCUGCUUCCAGCUCAGGAGGCUGCAAAAAUCUACCACACCAACUAUGUGAGAAACUCGCGAGCCAUUGGCGUCAUGUGGGCCGUGUUCACCAUCUGCUUUGUCAUCAUCACCAUGGUGGUCUUCAUCCAGCCCUUCUGGAUCGGGGACAGUGUCAACACCCCGCAGGCCGGUUACUUCGGCCUCUUCCACUACUGCAUCGGCAACGCGCUCACCUCGGAGCUCGUCUGCAAGGGCAGCGUGCUGGACUUCGGAUCCAUCCCCUCACCUGCCUUCAGGACAGCCAUGUUCUUCGUGGGGACCUCCAUGUUGCUGAUCGUGGCCACUAUGGUCUGUUUCAGCUUGUUCUACUUCUGUAAUGCGGGGAACGUCUACAAGAUCUGUGCGUGGAUGCAGCUGGCCUCAGCUGCAUUGCUGGUGAUGGGCUGCAUGAUCUACCCAGACGGCUGGGACUCUCCGGAGGUGAAGAGGAUGUGUGGCGAGAGGACAGAUAAGUACAGCCUGGGGAACUGCACGGUGCGCUGGGCGUACAUCCUGGCAAUCAUCAGUAUUCUCGAUGCCCUUCUCCUGUCACUUCUGUCCUUCACCCUCGGGAAUCGGCAGGACAAACUGCUGCCGGAUGACUUUGAGGUGGAGGGAGCAGGUAAGAGUUAAUGCUAACAGGUGAAGGCUGUGGGUAUUGACCAAAACAGGGAAAUGUAAUAAAACAUAUCCUUUAUUCUUUUACAGAUAACUGAUGAACAGACCUUCAGAACCAGAAUGACGUUUUC